AGUAGUCCUUAUAUGGUAGUCACGCCAUCACGUGACUAACAAGCAACCCUGUAAGCCUGCCAUGUGAUUUGAAUAAAUCAGUCUGAAUGUGAUCUUGUCGUAGCCUGUAGUCCUGUUACUAUUACAGCCAUAACUCAAAUCAUUACAUGGUACCAGGAGUCGGAGGUCCAGGGCGACAAUAAUCAUAGAUAUGGAGAAAAUCAAGCCACCGCCAGAACUAGACAUGGAUAGUCGGAAUUUAGCGGAAGCAUGGAGAGAGUUUGAAGAGAGCUGGGAGCUGUACGAGAUAUCGAGUGGGCUAACAACAAAGGAGGAGAAGGUCCAAGUGGCCACACUUUACAGUAUAGUGGGGCUGAAAGCCCGAAGAGUUUUAAAGACGCUACCAGGAAUACCAGAGGCGAUAGCAGAGAGAAAGGUCAAAGACACCCUGAAGGCCCUAAAGGAUUAUUGUAUGCCGCGCACGAAUGUAACCUAUGAGAGGUACAUUUUCCGAACAACCACUCAAGGGGAACGGCAGUUCGAUACAUUUCUAACCGAGUUGAGACGCAAGGCCGCGCUGUGCGACUUUGGUGUAAUAAAGGACUCGCUCAUACGUGAUCAAAUCGUUAUUGGAACCAACAGCCCUACGCUGAGGGAGCGACUCCUCCGUGAACCGGAUUUAACCCUCACGACAGCCAUAAAUCUGUGCCGAGCUUCAGAGCAGGCGAUUGAGCAAUCGAAGUUGAUCACGAGGCCAGAGCAGUCACAGGAAAUCAAGGAAAUUGAUUCGCUAAACGCAAGAGCUCCGACACAGAAUCAGAACAAGGGACAGAGCUUCAAAUGCAGAUUUUGUGGGCUGCAACACGAUCGGGGGAAUUGCACAGCAUACAACGCAACCUGCCAUCGGUGCAAGGAGAAAAAUCACUUCGCCCGCUGUUGCACGAGGAAACUCCCCCAACCGCAAGCACAUCAACAACAGCGUGGUGCUUCUAGAGCUAUCCGCGAGGUCGAGUUACAAGAGCAGCAAGACCCAAACAACCUGUACAAAGAAAUCGAGAGCCUUUACAUCGAAGAGGUCAAAAGUAGCAACAAGAUAAAGUGUGUGGAACAGUGCCUGAGUUUGAAUGGGAAGAACGUGACUUUCAAAUUAGACAGCGGCGCAGAAUGUAACGUGAUCCCGGAAGCGGUUGCGAAAGAACUUGACUGCACGAUCGAACAAACAGCACUCAAACUACGAGCUUUCGGAGUAGGCAAAUGCUAUAUAGAUACACUUGUCCAAGGGCAAGAGAGCCCAAUCGCAGUUGAGUAUUAUAUAGUAGAGCACAAUGUUAGACCCAUUUUAGGCGUAGAAACGUGUCUGAAGUUAGGUUUAAUCACAUUUAGUGGUGGUGCGCGAGCGCAAGGUCUUAGCAUAGAUGCGCUAGAGCAGCCACGCAACCUCCUGGAUCAGUUUGAGGAUGUUUUCACAGGUCUGGGAUGUGUUGAGGGUGAGUAUGAUAUCUGCCUCAAAGAGGGCGCAAGACCUACAAUUCAGCACCAACGAAAUGUUCCACUGCGUUUGAUAGAGCAGUUAAAAACCACCAUCAAUGACCUUGAGCAACGGGAGGUAAUCAAAAAGGUCAACGAGCCAGUUGAAUGGGUGAGUAACCUUGUUAUUGUAGAGAAGAAAGAUAAAUCCCUUAGACUAUGCCUAGACCCCCCUGAUUUAAAUGAAGCCAUUGUAAGGGAAGAUUAUAAACCGCCUUCAAUAGAGAAAAUAUCAAGCACCCUUAAUGGGUGUACGGUAUUUACAGUUGUAGAUAUGUCCAGUUGCUAUUGGCAUAAGAAGCUGAGUGAUGCAGCAUCAUUACUCUGCACAUUUAACACGCCCUUUGGUAGGUUCCGGUUUUGUAGAAUGCCAUUUGGAAUUUCAUGUGCUAGUGAAGUGGCACAAAAAAUGGUAGAGGAGCACUUUGGUGACAUAGAAGGUGUGCUUCCUGUUUAUGAUGACAUUAUUAUUGCAGGAAAAACGACAGCCGAGCAUGACAGAGCCCUACACAAGGUGCUUGAGAGAGCCAGGGAACGCAACAUCAGAUUCAACAAAUCCAAGAUACAGUACCGGCUAGACAAGGUUGACGCCUCAAAGAGUGGACUUGGAGCCUGUUUGCUCCAGAAUGGUCAACCUGUAGCAUAUGCCUCCAGGGCCCUGACUAGUGCAGAGCAAAACUAUGCACAAAUAGAGAAGGAGUUGCUGGCAAUUGUAUUUGGAUGCGAGAGAUUCAAUAUGUAUACCUAUGGGGCAGAUAUUGAUGUUAUGACUGACCAUAAACCUUUAGAGUCCAUCUUUAGGAAACCGCUGCACAAAGUGCCUCCCCGUCUACAGCGAAUGAGGCUGAGACUCCAAAAAUACCACACUUCUGUCCGUUACGUGCCAGGCAAGUACCUAUACAUAGCCGACACCUUAUCCAGAGCAUAUGACACAGAAGCCCAAACCCAGACUAAUGACAUGCAUGACGAAAUGGAGCACAUGGUGCAUUGUAUUAUGACAGACCUGCCUGUCUCAGACACGAAGCUCUCACAGCUCCAAGAAAUAACAGGCAAGGACCAGGACAUGUUACUUCUUGGUAAGUAUAUAAGGGAAGGGUGGCCGCAAAACAGACAAAGUGUUCCAGUGCAACUUAGACCCUACUGGAAUGUGCGUCAUGACCUACACCUGUUAGAUGGGCUUGUCAUGAAGGACCAGCGAAUAGUUAUUCCAGUCACAUGGAGACCGCAAAUUCUCCAACAAAUACACAAGGGCCAUUUUGGUAUAGAGAAAAGUAAGGCUAGAGCACGGGCCGCGGUAUACUGGCCGGGUCUUAGUGCCAACAUCUCCGAAAUGAUAACAAAAUGUGACAAGUGUUUAAGUUUACAGAGAAAACAGCAGAAAGAGCCAAUGCAGCUCAGGGAGGUACCACUGUUGCCAUGGCAACACAUUGCAUUAGACAUUGGUGAGUAUCAAGGGAAGCUCUACCUAGUGGUCAUUGACUACUAUUCCAAGUAUAUAGAAGCAGUGAACAUGAGUGGGAAAAAAGCUGGACAUGUUAUCAAGGCGCUGACCGAAAUUUUUUCUAGACAUGGAUACCCUGAAACGCUCACAGCUGAUAACAACCCUUUUAAUGCAGAAGAAAUGCACGAAUACGCCAGUCGAUGUGGAUUUAGAGUUAUUCCUACUAGUCCUUUAUACAGCCAGUCCAAUGGCCUGGCAGAGAAAGCAGUAGGGAUUGUAAAGGGAAUCCUAGGUAAAGGAUGCAAUCUACAUGAAGGUCUAAUGGUCUAUCGCAACACUCAGGUAAGUAAUUUUCCAUACUCUCCUAACCAGAUGCUUUUCAGUCGUCAGGUACGCACAACCCUCCCCAUGCACCCUAGAGCACUUCUCCCCACUGUGCAUGAUGACAUCCGCAUACAGCUACAGGAUCGGCAAUUGAAAACAAAAGAGUACUAUGAUAAGGGAUCAAAGCCCAUACCCCCAUUGAAGGAGGGGGAUAUGAUAAGGUUUCAGAAACCUGGGGAGAAGAAUUACAGUCCUGGUUGUGUCAGUGGAGUUCACAACACUCCCAGGUCCUAUGUGAUAACAGAUCAAACUGGGAGGGAGUAUCGCAGAAAUAGGCGCGCGCUUAAUGCAUCUAGGGAACCACCACUGUAUGUCAGUAAGGAUGAUAUGCUAGAUAGCACCUUCGAAAGUGAAAAUGUAGUGAUCACUCCAGAAGAGCCACGUAGAUCUAGUCGUGCCAAAUCUGCACCAGUCUGGCACAAGGACUAUAUCAUGGACUCUUAGCACAUCAUAUCUUAUCCUUAUUAUGCUAUUGAUUAAUUAUGAUUAUUCAUAGAUUAUUAAUUAUUGUAUAGCUUAACUUGAGAGGGGGGUGUUAUGAGUAGUCCUUAUAUGGUAGUCACGCCAUCACGUGACUAACAAGCAACCCUGUAAGCCUGCCAUGUGAUUUGAAUAAAUCAGUCUGAAUGUGA